CGGGAACGCGCGAGCAAGCUGCAGGCAGUCAUCCUGUUUUGGGGAUAUGACUCGGCUGGGUAUUUAUAAAACACUAUGAUUACGAUCGCCGUCGCUUUUGUGUCCCUGUUUGUAGGCGCGACAGCACGGACUCGCUGAGAGACGCGGGGACGCGCGCGCCACCGGUGUUGCUACCGCAGCGCGCGGACCGUCGGCGCCGGAGCCGUCGGGACAUUAUAUUAAUUUCCACCUGACUUUGUUUUUUUACAUCAAACUUACUCAGAAGGGGUUAGGGUUAGGGUUAAAAGUUAAUGCUCCUUAAAUUUAUACAAUAUUGACGUGUUAUUUCAGUGUAACAAGGAUUCCAGCGCGACGUUUUCUCUCCCGUCAGAAACCCGCAACCGCGACUCGUGAAGCUCCGCUGCUACUUUAUUAAAACACUUUCCGCUCGUGUGUGGAGCGAUGUGGCACCUGGAGACACACCCGGUCGGCGAGCUGCACGCUCGGCUACUCUCUCACACUGGUAAAAUACACGCGCAGGGAAAGACGAGUCACCUGCUUCUCGAGCGCGACCUGCGGAGUCUGUAGGAAAAACGAAAAGGAAAGAGUUUCGCGUCAAGUGGUUUCGAGCGGGGACUGAACUGAACCUCGGCGAUACGCACCACCAGGCGGCUCUAGUGUUCGUAUGGAGCGUAGUCAGUGAGCGCGUGAGAAAGAAAUCGCUGAUGAGCGCGCGAAGCGAAGGCGCGCGCCCCCCAGUUUUACGCGACCGCAUCUCGCAGCGAAGGACGCCUAACUGACUCAACCGGUGCGGCAGUUCGGUAGACAAAAGUAGUGGCCAUAAUUGACAUGACCGAGGGUCCGAGGCAAAGAGGGACUGCGCUCGCCGCUCCAGAGCGCGCAGCCUCCGGUUCCGGGGUCGCGCUCAAGAAGGACAUCGGACUCAUGAGCGCGUGCGGCAUCAUCGUAGGUAACAUUAUUGGGUCCGGGAUCUUCGUGAGCCCAAAAGGAGUUCUGGAGAAUGCGAGCUCUGUGGGCAUGGCCCUCGUCGUGUGGAUUGUGACCGGCAUAAUCACUGCUGUCGGGGCGCUGUGCUAUGCUGAACUCGGGGUCACCAUCCCCAGGUCUGGAGGAGAUUACUCCUAUGUCAAGGACAUCUUUGGAGGACUGGCUGGUUUUUUGCGGCUGUGGAUUGCUGUGCUGGUCAUCUACCCCACCAAUCAAGCGGUGAUCGCCCUCACCUUCGCCAACUACGUCCUGCAGCCUCUCUUCCCCACCUGCCUUCCCCCCAAGAGUGGCCUCCACCUUCUGGCUGCCGUUUGCCUACUGCUGUUGACGUGGGUCAACUGCUACAGUGUGCGCUGGGCGACCCGUGUCCAGGAUGUUUUCACAACUGGAAAGUUGUUGGCCCUGGGGCUCAUCAUCAUCAUGGGCCUUGUGCAGAUCUGCAAGGGAGAGUACUACUGGCUGGAGCCAGCCCAUGCCUUUCAGAGUUUCCAGAAUUAUGAUGUGGGGCUGAUUGCCCUUGCCUUCUUGCAAGGCUCCUUUGCCUAUGGAGGAUGGAACUUCCUGAACUACGUCACUGAGGAACUUGUGGACCCUUACAGGAACCUUCCUAGGGCGAUCUUCAUCUCCAUCCCGCUGGUGACCUUUGUAUAUGUCUUUGCAAACAUUGCCUAUGUUACAGCCAUGAGCCCACAGGAGCUACUGGCAUCAAAUGCUGUUGCUGUGACAUUUGGUGAGAAGUUACUUGGAGUGAUGUCAUGGAUCAUGCCCAUCUCUGUGGCUCUUUCAACCUUUGGGGGAGUCAAUGGAUCCCUCUUCACCUCAUCCCGGCUGUUUUUUGCAGGGGCAAGAGAAGGUCACCUUCCUCGGUUGCUGGCCAUGAUCCAUGUGGAGCGCUGCACCCCCAUCCCAGCUCUCCUCAUCACUUGUGUAUCCACCCUUCUGAUGCUGUGCACCAGCGACAUGUACACACUUAUCAACUAUGUGGGAUUCAUCAACUACCUCUUCUAUGGGGUCACCGUUGCUGGGCAGAUCGUGCUGCGUAUCAAAGCGCCGGACAUGCCUCGGCCGAUUAAAGUAAGCCUGGCUUGGCCUGUGACCUACCUGCUCUUCUGGGCCUUCCUGCUCAUCUUCUCACUGUACUCCGAGCCCGUGGUGUGCGGCAUCGGCCUGGCCAUCAUGCUCUCGGGGGUGCCCAUCUACCUUCUAGGGGUAUACUGGGAGAACAAACCCUGGAGGUUUAACGCCUUUGUUGACAAGUGGACGCGUGCAGGUCAGAAGAUCUGCAUGGUGGUGUACCCAGCAGAGGAGUGUAAAAAGCAGGAAGAUGGCGAAGGAACUGCACAGGGGAAGACUCUUCUUUCAAAGAACACCAAAGGAGAAAAAGAAGGAACAGCAGCAGAACCCUGACUGCAGACGGAUAUACACUGUCACAAACUGGGAAAGAGCUCAUUGUAUAUGUUUCCCUGACAUAACCAAGCAUGCAGAAGAGACAUACACACACCACUGCGCACCAGCACACAGGGAGGUGAAAAUGCUUGAUCUCCGCUUAAUCUGCUCUCAGCCACUUUGGUGCUGAGUGUACAGCAUUCAGAAACCACUAAGAGUCCUGCUAUUGCUUAAGAUGUUUCUGGGCAGGUUGAAACAAAAUGUGGUAGUUUGUGUCUCUUACAGCUUCCACACUGGUUCCCUAAAUUUAAGGGGUGUGGAGUGGCAGAAGUUGUCCAUUUUCUCCUAGUCCCCUCACUUCCUUAGUUCCAGCUUUCCCCAAAGUACCAGCAGCUCCUGUAACUUCCUCACCUCCCAGUCCCUUCAGGUGCUUCAGUUAUAAUCUUCCGUUGUUCCCUUCUUUCAACACUAACAUUCAAAACAUUUAAUUUCUUCUUUCAUUCAGAUAUUUUUUGUCUAAUACAUAUAUCUUUUGUGUAUCAAUUGAUUUUGUAUGCGUUCAGAAAAUGUAAUCUUAUUUAAUACAGUCACAACAACAGUUAUAUUGAUUAUAAGACCUUUACAAAUAAUAUCUGGCAAAAUCCGUAGCAGUUAGAGGAGGACACCAGGCUGCCAGAUAAGCACAGCGAGCAGUAAAAAUACACACCAGUUCAGCACUCUGUGUUACCAGGGGUCAAAUGUAAUCUUUAUGCUUAUAAAUGAGAUCCAGCUUGACUCAAACCAACUGGAUACCCAUGAAUUACCAUGUUCCUUUUUUACUUUCUUUCAGUACGCUCUGUAAUAGCCGUAGUCUUGUUUUCUAUCACUGGAUGUAUUGGCUAAUAAAAAAGGUAAAACAGUACUGUACUUUAAAAAUUAAAUCACAAUGUCCAACAUAGGACAGGUAGCCAUCAGUUAUUUUUUCACAGUAUGACUGUGUUAGAUUUUCUUCACAAUA